AAGAAUAUGCAGUAGUAGGCUAUUAGAUUAAUCUCUCCGUGUGGUGGGGAGAUGAUAGGCCACCAGGCAGUUUCCAUCCUUGGCAUAGUCUACGUCAUUGUCUUUUAAUAUUAAAGACUCAUGGACGGUGAACAUAGACAACUGUUCAGCGCAGUGGACAUCCGAUCGUUGCAUACCCAUGAUGUGCGUGCUUCUCUGUGGGAUUUCCCUUGUCUUGUCACUGACCCCAUCUGCUUUUUCCAGUCUGCAUCCGGAGUGUGAGUACAUUUCUCAGCUGGAGAAAGCGGAACAACGCUGUCUGCAGAACAUCGAGGAUCACACCAACCGCAGUUCACAAGACUGCCUUCCUUUCUGGGACUUCAUACACUGCUGGCCCAGUGCUGUGGUUGGAGAGAUCAUUCACGUCGCUUGUCCAUCUGUAUUCUCCUUCUUUGAGAACAACACAGUUAGUCGCAACUGCACCCACACAGGAUGGUCGAGCCCCUUCCCUCCGUACCACAUCGCCUGCAGUGUGGACGACAACAUUCCCGAGGAGUCCUACUUUGCUAAGGUGAAGCUUAUCUACACCAUUGGCUAUGGGACAUCGCUGGCCUUCCUGACUAUCGCCGUUGGAAUCCUUCUACUCUUCAGGAGACUCCGCUGUGCCAGAAACUACAUCCACAUCCAACUCUUCAUCACCUUCAUCUUGAAGGCGGUGGCUGUGUUCAUCAAGGAUGCCUCCCUCUUCAGUGAGGACACUGACCACUGUACCCUUUCCAACGCUGCCUGUAAGGCCUCUGUGGUGUUAUGUCACUACUGUGUGAUGACUAACUUCUUCUGGCUCCUGGUAGAGGCUCUAUACCUCAACUCCCUGCUGCUCUCCUCCUUCCAUCACAGCCGUCGCUGUCUCUGGGGGUUUGCCAUGCUGGGCUGGGGCGUGCCAGUAUUUUUCAUUGCCUUGUGGAUCGGGUCCAGGGUUUACUUCGAGGACACUGAAUGUUGGGAUAUUUAUGAAGACUCAACUUUCUGGUGGAUUAUAAAAGGGCCGAUUGUGGUGUCCAUAGGGAUCAACUUUAUUCUCUUCAUGAAUAUUAUCAGAAUCCUAAUUCAGAAAUUGAAUCCCCGUCUCAUCCAGUUCAACAACUCAUCCCAGUAUAGACGCCUCACUAAAUCCACCCUCCUCCUCAUCCCUCUGUUCGGAACCCACUACAUGGUGUUUAACUUCCUGCCAGAUUACUUUAAUGUGAACCUGCGACUCUGUAUCGAGCUCUGCAUUGGAUCCUUUCAGGGGCUCAUUGUGGCGAUUCUCUAUUGCUUUCUCAAUCAGGAGGUCCAAAAGGAGGUCCAGAUGCACUGGUUGAGGUGGCAGGAGAACAGCUAUGGAGUGGUUCCCCCCGGCGCCAAAGGCAGUCAGAUGGACACACCGUUCUAACCCCCAAACCACGGAGGUAGAGAAAGAAAGACCCACUGCUCUGGAAGAAAUAGAGCCCUCCAAUGGACGACAGAUGAGAAGAGCAGGAGGUUAUGUAAGAGCAAGACACAGCAGUUGGACCCAGAAGUCACCCUCUGGAUACAGCUCUGGAAAAAGAUGUGAGACCUCUGCACCUUUUUUUCUUUCAUUUAAAAAAAGUGGAGAAGGACAAUUUAAGGGUGGAACAGAGAGGUAAAAUGUACAGUUUAACCUUCUGUUUCUCACUCAAAAUUGUCCUUCUCCACUUUAAAAAAAAAUGACAGAAAAAGGUACAGUGGUCUUUCAAUUUUUUUGCUAGAGUUGUAUAUCAAGGACAGAAGCUUUUCAUUACAGCGGAAAUUUUGUAAGGGGUUACUUCUGGGUCCAACUGUUCUUACAUGACAUCCUGCACUUCUCAUCAGUGAGAGGGCUCUGACCAAUCCCAAAUGUAGGAUCUUAUAAAAUGAUUGAAUGGGUUGAUAAGAAAAUUACUUUAAACACUUGAAUUAAUGGGCACAAUUAUUGAUAUUUUGUAGAGAUUAAGAUAAGAACUGAACUGGAUUUAAGGAAUUUUUAUAAACGUUUUCUCUGUAGGCUUGUGGGUCAGUUGGUUGCAGCUUUAGUGCCUCUUUCUGUGUCAACCGAUGUUUUAAUGCCUUAGAAACUGUACUGCAGGUCCCAUGGGGUCCUUUAAUUUGAUGUCUAGUGGUGUAGGCUUAAGUCUUUUCCAAGCAUAGACAAAUACAUACAAAUUACAGUCAUUUAUGAACGCUUGUGUCUUACUUUGUUUGUGCAAUGAAUA